CAGCCUAACCAUAGUCACAGACUAUACGCAUACGCGUGUUCGUAAAUCUAUGGAAGCAAAUGUCAGCUGUGCUGCAUGACAACAGUAAGGGGGAGUGUCAUGCAUGUUUGUAUAACUCCGUUUUUUUCACCACGUUGUUGAAUGUUACUCUUUCCUCCUAUGCUUGUUAGAAUUAUCGCAAAUCCGUUAAUAAUAUCUGUGUCACAAUGACAUGAUUUUGUACCUUUUAUAAGAAGAGUGUUUGAGGUAUGUGAGACGAGCAUUUGACAGAGUCAGACGCGGCGAAGGAUAUUUUAGUGUGUCGCAUGUCGUUGGUGGUGCUAUUGCGGGAGAGUAGUUGUAGAGAACGCUUCGUUAGCUCCAAAGUGAUGGGCAGCAACAGAGGCUUCUCCAAACAGAAGUCAUUCAACAAUGGUUUUAGGCAGUUUUUUCUUAGUUUAUUUUUGUUUGCCGUCAUCUCGGUGGUGUUUCUGCUUACUGUCCAUUUUCUACCAUCAACACAAGAAGGCACCUCACAGGUUUAUGAUCGUAUCUCCUUAGAAAAUUUACAUUCCCUUCCAGAAGUAUCGCUGUCUUCAAAUUCUCGAAUUUCGGACGCGAGAAAUCCCCGCUGCAGCUAUUAUGACUGUUUCAAUGUGUAUCGGUGUGGGCAUAAGGGAAUUAAUCGAAUUUUGGUGUACUUGUACCCCGUAAAGAAAUACGUGGAUUCAAAAGGGAUACCGAUUGGUAGUCAAAUUUCGAGAGAAUUUUACUUUAUUUUGCAAGCGAUUUUAGAAAGCAAAUAUUAUACACCAAAUCCAGCAGAAGCAUGUAUUUUUGUUCCAACCAUCGACACACUAAACCAAAAUCGCUUUAGAACUGUAGAAACAUCACAAGCAUUGGCGUCCUUGCCCUACUGGUAUGACGGAGAUUACCCCGGAGAAAAUCAUCUUAUAUUUAAUAUGCUGCCAGGUGCAGUACCUGACUAUAGCACAGUUGUAGAACUUGCUCUUGGACAUGCCAUGGUAGCUGGAGCUGGAUUUUCAUCAUGGACAUAUCGGCCUGGUUUUGAUGUAUCACUUCCAGUUUACAGCCCACUUGUUGAUAAGCUGCAAGCACCUGAUGAGAAGAAACAACCAAGGUUGUGGUUAGCCAUUUCAUCUCAAGUCAACUUGCAUCCAGAGUAUAUGAGAGAGUUAUGGAACUUAUCACAGGACUUACUUCUAUUGGAAUCUUGUACUGGAGCUCUUCAAGGCAACUACACUGUGAGGUGCCGAGGAGAUGAAGUCUACAACUAUCCAGAUAUUUUACAGUGUGUUGUACAAAGCCAUACAAGUACACAAAUUGCACACUCAGUUGCAUUGGUGCCAGGACAGUAA